CAUUUAAGUUGGCCGGCUUCGGUUUCAUCAGUACUCACGCACAGCCCGAGUCGAUGUUUUAGGGCUUGAGGGGAGAUUUCUCCUCUCUCUUCUAUUUUCCGCUCCUUCCCACGGCUUCGCCGCCCACUCUCGCAGCUCCGGCAACCAUCGUCCGUCGCCGGCCACCACCUUCUCCUGCAACCUUCUGUACUGCUGUCUCAUCUCCUUUCGCGCAUCCCGCUAUUACCGCCUCGGUGGCUCCGCCACCCAUGCGAUCACCUCGUCCUGCUUAAUCGAGCAAGAGAAGGAUUUGAAGUUAAAGCGAGACAAGUAAAGAAGUGACAAAGGAAAAAGAUGAUCUAGAGUGGGAGAUCAUUGAAACAACAAAAGCACUUACAAGAACUGGACCCAAGGAUGGGUAUAAGCCAAAGAAAAUUUCUCUGGAGGAGGAGCUGAAGGCUUUGCAACAAAAGGUUGACAUCAACAAUUAUGAGUACAAGAGGAUUCCCAGGCCUAAUGAAGGAAAAUCAAGCAAAAAUUAACUAAAACUUGUUCAAGCUUUUUAUGUCAUGAUGUAAUGUUUAUUAUUAUUUAAACAUUACUUUAGUUAUUGCUACGAUAUGCUAUGAUUUUUUUUUUUUUGAGUUCAACAUCACCAAUUGAAUAUAGUCCAUUAAAAUCUGUACAAAACUUGUUAAGAAGUUUAUUAUUACUUGAAAUUUUAAAAUGCUAAGAUCAAGCAGGACUACAUUUUUAGGAAACACUAAAGAUGGACAGAAUUCUUAGUAAUGUCCUAUUUGCAGAUUACUUUGGUGACCUACUGAUAUUUUACUAUUUUUAUUGAUUCUCAAUAAUAUUAUUAUAUCUGGCCAAUAUAGUAGUACCCUUAAAUUUAAGAUGGACAUGUGAGCCUUUCCGAGGAUAGGUAGAACCAGCGGAUAAUGGCUUCAAUGCCAUGUUUGCUGUGUCUGAGCUCGGGUGAAAUCUUUUAAGGAUUAAAGCUAUUGUUGAGGAAUUUAAUAGUUCUGAUUCAUGUGGAAAGCCCUCAUCUUGAUGCAAUGGGUCCCUAGAAAUAAGUCAAAGGGUGUAUUUCCCCCUCACUGGAUCUGCUCUUUUUGCCAGUUAUGUCAUGUUUACCCCCCAGGACUGUAUUUAGUUUGAGAUGCCUUGAGCUGGAGAUUGAUUGAUAUAUGUGGAAGCAAGGUUCACCAUACUGGUUGGUACCGUAUUGUAUCUUACUGGUAUUGAAAUAAUAUGCAGUCUCAUACCGUACUGAUGCUCCGUACACCUCAAUGUCUCAUACUGUACUAACGUAUCAAUACUAUAAUAGGAUUAUACCAGUAUGGGGUCCAAUAUUGAGAUGACAAACUUUGUGUGAAAGUAAUUUUGGAGUGGCCAUUAUUCAGUGCUCUUGCCACUGAAUGCUGUUAUCUUUCCGUUUGGUUGGAUUUUGGGAUUGUCUUAUGCAUUGGAUGAGUCUCAUCAAUUGCAAAGAUGAAUAGUAUUUUUCUUUCAUUUGUGCUUGCAAGCUAUGUCAGUGCUGUUCUGCUGGUCUAAUUCUAUCACACAAUUCUUGUCUAGUAUUUUAUAAUUAGAUAUAUCUACCUGUAUUUUAAUGCUGACAAGAAUCAGAAUGCUAUAUAAUUUGCGGCAUGCACACUGUAGUGUACCAGGUUUCACCUCUUCCCUUGGAACUAUAGGCUGGUUUAAAGAACUACAAGAUAGGCCUAGUUUCUUUCCAGUACAUAUCUUCCAUCCAGCACUUUUUUCUUUUCUUUGUUAAUAAUUUGUAUUAAAUGACAAGAAAAUUGUUAUAUUUUGGUCUAUGUUGUGAAGUAUAUUUUUCCCCUUUUCCUUGUUUUCUUUACAAAGAAAUUUUGGAGGUAGCCAAAAAAAAAAGUUAUUUUGUUGCAUUCUGCAAAGAAUUUUCACUUAGAAAUACCAGCUUGUUUGCUCUUUAGAAAGUCUUAUUUAUUUUUUGUAACCUGAAGGACCAAUUUCAGGUAGGGAUAGCCGGAGGUCACAUUUAAUUUCCCUUAGCUGAGCUGCAUUUCUGUAGCAAUAAUCUAGGAUGGGUAAGUGACUAUGACAUGUGGUCCAUCCUAUUUUUGCAAAUGUAUCUUAUAAAGAAGAUGGGUUUUCUGGUACAUCUGGGAUGUAACAGUACUAGAAAUGUGCAUCUUACACAUUAUUUGCUACAUAAAAGAAAUGUUGAGUAUAUCAAUCAUAAGCAAAUGAGAGGAAUGUAUAUCUACUCAAGAAAUGAAGAUCUAAUAUCAUGGACCAAACAAAUUUCGGCAUACUCAAAAGGAGGAAAACUUGACCUGGCAAGAAAACUCUUUGAUGAAAUGGCCUUUAGGGACCGUGUUGCUUGUAAUAUAAUGAUUAGGGAAUAUAUCAGGCAUGGGAAGACCCAAGAUGCACGGGAACUAUUUGAUGAGAUGUCUGAAAGGAACACCAUUUCUUGGAAUUCCUUGAUCAUGGCUUACACAAGUGAGAGUAGAUUGCAUAUUGCGCUGAAGCUUUUCUUAGUCAUGCCUGAUGAAGAAAAAGAUACCAUCAGUUGGACAACUAUUAUUUCCGGGCUUGCUCGUGAUUUUCGAAUCACUGAUUCAUGGCAAUUGUUCAAACAAUUGCCUGAGCCAGACUCUGCCUCUUGGUCUUCAAUCAUAUCUGGUUUCCAACAGAAUGGAUUAUUAUCAGAAUCCUUGAUGCUUUUCAAAGAAAUGCUGUCAGUCGGAAGAAGACCCACUGUUCACUCUCUCACCAGCACCCUGGCUGCUGCUGCAGAUUUAGCCGCACUCUCGGAUGGCCAGCAGCUAUACUGCCAACUCCUGAAGAGAGGAUUUGACAAUAACAUUCUCGUCAGAAACUCUGCCAUCUCUAUGUUUAUGAAAUCAGGGUGUCUUGAUAGUGCAGUCAAUAUUUUCAAUAGUAUUCAUCAACCUGACAUGUUCACGUGGAAUGCUAUGAUUUCAGGAUAUGGGCAGCAUGGAUAUGCUAUUGAAGCAAUCUUAGUUUUCCAUCAGAUGCAGAAAGCUGGGUUUCACCCUGACAGAAUCAGUUUUCUGGGUGUUCUCCAGGGAUGUAGCCAUUGUGGAUUUGUAAAAGAGGGAAUACUGUAUUUUGACAGGAUGCAGAAAGAUUUUGGAGUUCAUCGAGGACCUGAACAUUAUGUCUGCAUGGUUGACAUUGUGGCACGUGCUGGAUUGCUCAAAGAAGCUGCAAUGAUAAUUUUCAAGUUGCCUUUUGAGCCCACUUCUAUCUUUUGGAGAACACUACUGAAUGGAUGCAGGAUAAGUGGGGCUCUUAAGUUAGGCUUGUAUGCGGCUGAUCGGGUCUUGGAGCUUGAAUCAAAUAAUGCUGCCUCCUGUUUGAUGGUUAUGCAGAUGUAUGCAGCUGUAGGAAGACAGAGAGAGGUUGCUUUGAUGAGGAGAUGGAUGACUGAAAUGGAUGCAAGGAAGGAGUUGAGCAAUAGUUGGAUCGAGAUAAAAGGAAAGGUGCAUAUCUUUACCACCAGGGAUGAAACACAUUGUGAUUCAGAGAGUAUUUACAUGAUCCUAGAACUUUUGGCAGAUGUUGCAUCUGAGUAUGCUUCAUAACAGUUGACUGGUGUGCUGUUGAAAUCAGGCAUGUCAUAGAAUUGACCUUUAUAUCUCUAUCUAUUGCAGGAAUUUCACCUUGUGAUCUAUAAUAGAACUUGGGGGGGGAUGUCAAUUUAAGUCUUACAGGCUUGUCAUAGAAGUAAGGUUGACAAGUUCUUUUCUUGCCCCUUCAUGUAAAUGCAUCUUAGCGAUAUUAUUAUAUACAGUGCGAUGGUAAAGGUGGAGGUUGAGAGCUGAAAGUAUAGGAAAUAAAAUUCUUUGCUAGAUUAUGAGAAAGAUUUUCCUGAAAAAUGGAGCUGAUUUUGAGAU